AGUCAUGAUGGAAUUGCCGUUAUUUGUCAAGAAUGACUGCAGCAUCUACACCGAGCUGCAGUAUCUUUUGAUAUUCGUUCAGACUGACAUAUGGAAUCUGUUACUGAAAGGCUGUAUUGGCAGGCACAUAGCACUCUGCAGUGCUCUGCUUUUUAAUUAGAUUUUGUUUCAUGUUUCCAACCCCUUUCCUAUAAAUGGUUAUCGCCAGUAAACGGCAGAUAUAAAUUAUUUACGAAGCACACUGAGAAGGUCUGAAAGGCUGCAAGGAAGUUGCAACAGCAGUCAUUAGGUCCGUUGCAUGCUCGGAAGAUGGAGAAAUUUAAGACCCUGCUGAAUUUUGUUCUCAGGCAGCACACUACACUGGGCUACAGCUUUCUGGCUUUAGCAACUGCUGGAGGGGAACAACUGUUCUCUGUUGUUGUGUUCAGUUGUCCCUGUAACUCAUGGAAUUUCAUCUACAGCAUGGUUUUUCUUCUUGUCCCAGCCCUGGUUUUAUUCCUACUGGGCUAUUUCAUAAGCAACCGAACAUGGAAGCUGUUUACUGGCUGCUGCAUCAAUCAAGCUAAACGAUGCUCUAAAAGGAUCACUUUGCGUGGCAUAAAGAUUUUUGUGCAAAUCACCAUGGGAGUUUUAGUAGCCCCAGUAACGUGGAUUUGUGUUGCGUUGCUGAAUGGAAUGAUCUAUGAAUGUGGUAUGUCUGGCUCCUACAACAAUUACUUAAACACAUUCUGCAGUAACUCUUCCGACAAAAAAUGCCAUCAAAACCUUUAUUAUGUGCCCUGUGGUCAUUCAUCUUUGCCUCAGUCCACCCAAACUGAUAUUCGCCAACUACUUCAUGCACAGUCCCAGAUAAUCGGAUGGAGCUUGAUAGCAGCCAUCACAGUAUUUGCCUUGGCCUCCACCUGCAUUGUACGCUGCUGCUCUCCAGUCAGCUUCCUCCAGUUGCAGUUUUGGAAAACCUACAAGGAAAAAGAGAACGAAGUGCUGGAGAAGAAAUCGGUUGAACAUGCUAAAGAAAUGGCAGAGAGAAAUGUGAAGAGUUUCUUCGAAUCCGUUGCACCAAAGGCGUUCAAAACUCCAAGCAGAGUGGCAUGGGAGGAGAUUUCUAUGCUGUAUAACUACAGCGAAACUGACCAAUACUACAGCACUAUACAUAAAUAUGCAGAAAAGAAGGUCGGAAACACCCAUGUGUCAUCUACCUUUGUCAAUGUGGACGUACCUGCUGUGCUGGACUUUGUUGAUGGGAGCAAAUAUCCAGCUGACUCCCAUAUUUGAACUAACGCUCAGAUGAGAGCAUCUGCAGUAAAUUUAAGCUUUGCCUGGGGCCUCAAAUGUUUGUAUGCCAAAAGUAAGCAACAAUAUUCGUUUAAAUGGUGCCUUUAAUGCUACUUUGAAUGUGGAUUAUUUUUUUAACAAUUCAUAAAUUUACGUAGAAAAUCUUUUUUUGAGAAAUAAUUUUACCAUCGAAUAUGGGCUGACUCUGAAUGGGAGCUACCAGAGGAAAUGAAGCAGGACUCCUCUACCUUGUUGCAGAAGGUUACCGUCAUAUGUUAAUUCAGACAAAAAAUUAUAAAGAGAGAAUAUCAUGAAAGCUUAUUGUUAAAUUUUCAUAUCUUCCAGUUCUCAUGUUUGAUGUAAACAAUUAUUGGAUGAUUUAUAUACUUACUUAAAUGCUUAAAAGCAUUGCAUACUUAAACUCUCCCUUCACUAACAUGUUCAAUGUUCUAGUGAGAAUACUAAAGAGUAAAUUAAGAUAAGAAUUAUUUCCAUCAGUGAGCUGCGAUUGAGUCAAUGAUAGUCCCAUUUGUAACACUGAUAAAUCAACCUUAUCUGCACAUUAUUUGAUGAUGUCUUGAAUUGAUUUUAUUAGUCAAAUGCAUUUGGAUCAGGGUUUUACCACUGCUGCUAGAUAGGUGGAUGGAUAUUCAUAAAUCAGAGCAUGUGAACAGAUUUAUUAGAUGUACUCCAAGCUUGAAUUAUUCCCUUAUCAUGUAUCUAUACACUGUAAAUGGCUUGAUUGUUAUCGUAUUGUCUUUCCGCUAACUGGUAGGCACACAACAAAAACUUUUCACUGUACCUCGGUACACGUGACAAUAAACUAAACCAAACUAAACUUGAGGGUUUGAGGCCCUCAAGGCAAAAUGGUUGUAAGCCUCGGGUCCAAUUCAUGCAUUACUAAAUAGUAAUUGCUAAAAUAAUGUUUCUAGAUUGCACACUGAACCUGAUGGAUAAGGUUCAUAUGUUGUGUAGAUGUCCUAAUUCCAAGGAAUCAUGAUUGAAGGGAAUGAGAUGGAUGGAAACCCAAUUUAUCUCGUGUGACCAUCCGUCGAGAUCAAAUUAAAUGAAGAUCGAAUGAACCGUAAUUGAGACUGCUGAAUCACUGUACCAUGUGUCAAGAUUCAGUUAAUCCACAUGUAUUUGAUAGCAUUUCUGUAACGAGAUAGCCACAAUGGGCACAGAUGGCAUUAUAAUCAACCUGGAACCACAUCUCCAGCUAAAUUGUUUUCUCUGCAAAUGAAGGCUAAAGGGAUUUUUUGUUUUACAAAAGGGAAAAAUCCACAAUUAUAAUCCCUUAAUUUAUUAGAAAGCCAUUGUCUUUCAAACGGGACUGAUGGGACCCAGUGCAUUGGUAAGAUCUUUCUGCCUUGAAAUGAUCACCUCUGUUAUAUAACUAGGCAAAUGCCCAUUGAUGAAACCCACACCAGUCAGUGCACUACAUGGUCUCCUUUGAGGUAAGUACUUGGAACUCUACAGCAAAUUGCAGAAUUGAAGAUCCUUUGUAUUUCAACAUUUUGUUUGCAAUUAACUAUAGCAGGGAGGCAACACAAAAGUAUUUUUAAUAGAUUUAUAUUAUAGUCUCAGACGACCAAAAAUAUCUUAAUCCAAAUAUCGAAAAAAGAUGGAACCAAAAUAUAAAAGGUGACCCAAAAGUCUGAAGAAGGGUCUCGACCCGAAACGUCACCUAUUCCUUCCCUCCAUAGAUGCUGCCUCACCCGCUGAGUUUCUCCAGCAUUUUUAUCUACCCAAAAGUACAUAGCACUUUUUGCCAGAUAAGCUUUUUUUUGCACCUUUUAUCUCCUAUUAAUUUAUUCAAUUAACUUUGAUUCUAAAUUAGAUUAUAUUUUAUCACAUCAAUUUACUGAGUAAAAACUGCAGCAAUAUUUUUAUUGAUAUGAUGUUAACAUAUACUUUAUAAUUUCAAGCAUACAUUUUUCAAAAUGCUUUCAUUGUUAAUAUUUGUAGUACCUAUAGGAGAAAAAAAAUCAGAAAUGUAUAUAUUUAUAAUACAAAAUAGAUUUUAGUUUUAUCAGGUAAAAGCUUUAAGCCGAAGAAAAUUGGUGAAAAUUUCCUCACACUUACUCUGCACCUUCAACUCAUCGGAAUCAUAAAAAGAGUUACAAAGCAAAAAACAGCACAGGAGCUGCCCUGACAAUUUGUGGCUGUAAUGCUGAUAUAAACCUGACAUUCUAAUGUGAAUUACAAUGUCAUUUGUUUUCUCCCUACUACACAAAAUAGUAAUAUAUUAUUCUAUCGGAUGGUAAGGUAAAAUUUAUAAACAUGUGGAAGCAAAAAAAGUCAAUGUUUAUUUAGAAAUAUAAUUUUUUGAUGUGUUAAUGUAUGACACAUGUGAAUAAGAACAUUUGUACGUUUUUUUAAACAAGUUAUAUUGCUUGGCUGUCAUUCUAUUUAUCAAUUUACUACAUCUUCAUUUAUGGAACUACAAGUGUUAUAUAGGAAUAUAGAGGCAAAAUAUGUUAUUUUCUACAGACCAUAAGAUUGUUUUGUUAAUAUUUACUGACAAUGUUCAUUCUUUCGUGUUAUUAGUAAAUAAAAAAUCA